UGUUGUCUUUAUUAAAAUAUUCAAAAUGUCUUGUAAUCGGAAUGGUACAUUCCAUUCCGAGCAAAGGAUUUGUAAAUGCCAACCAAGAAAAAUAAUGGCAAGAGGGCGCACAACUUCCAGCUCUGCCGUUAUAUAAGGAGCCACCAUGGCCGCCUCAGUACAAACGCCUCGUGUCCUCUCAACUCUAGUGUCGUCCCUCGCCAAGAACCAGCCGUCGCCGCCGCCUCCGGACCUCCGCUUCCAACAGCUCUCGAGGUCUCCGGCGUCGACCGAAGCAGCAGCACCGACAUGAAGCGCCUCCUCAGAAGGCUCUCCCGGGUGUCCGCGGCCGACGCCUGCGCUGCCGCCGCGUACCAGCCACUCCGUCCCGACGCGGCCGCGAAGGCCUCCCCCACGGCCGCCUCGUCCUCGUCCUCGUCGUUCUUCGGCGCGCGGAGGCUCGGCCGCGGCGCGAGGGUGCCGGAGGGGCACGUGCCGGUGUGCGUCGGCGAGGAGGGCGGCCCCGUGGAGCGCUUCGCCGUGCGGGCCGAGCUCCUGGGCCGGCCGGCGUUCAAGGCCCUGCUCCGGCGCGCCGCGCAGGAGUACGGCUACGGCCACCCCGGCGCGCUCCGCAUCCCCUGCGCCGUCGCCGACUUCCGCCGCCUCCUCCUCGGCCUCUCCGACCCCGGCUGCCACCAGCCCACCGACGACGACGACUCCGCGCUCUACUACUAGCCAUCCAUCUCUCUUCCCUCAUUCCGCCCUCCUCGUUCGGCUGCCAUGGAGGGCGUGCUGGAAAAUUUGCCCCUGGAAAAGGCAGAUCGGCGAGGAACGCCAGCAGAGCAAAUUUCCAGCUGCUGCGUUCUGGCGGAUCUGCCCCUGCGUGGAUGCUGUACAUAGGGAGGUCACAUGGGGGUUGGUGGAGGGCAGGACGGGGAUUCCCGUGCAUUUUCUAGUGCAGCCCAACGAUUUUAGGACCUGCUGUCUUGUGGGAAUUAGGGCUGUAAUUUCUUUCUUUCUUCUUCUACUUCUUCUGAGUGUUCUUCUAGCUAGCUCUAGAUCUUGCUCUGGUAGCUGCAAUGGAUCUUCUUCUUCCUCUUCUUUUGCUAGGGAUUCUGAGGUCUUGAUGAUACGUCAUGUAAGCCGCAAGGUUCGCCUCAUGUUAGUGAAAUGGAUGAGUUUGCUACUGCAAAA